AUUUCUUCUUCUUCUUCUUCUUCUUCUUUCCUCGUCUUCUAACUGACGAUUUGUUCAAGACGCUUCAUCAAAGUCAGCGCUUGGUUUAUUAAUUUACGUCGCUUCUUCCUCAGCUUGCUCACUUCUCUAAUAUCCUCUGCUUUUCUCUUCAUUUCUUCCACCUAUUACACGUUCGAAUCGAACCCCGCUGUCCACCCGCCGCUGUGACUAAAUCCCCCACCUUUUGCAAAAGGAAAGGGUAAAAAAUUAGAAGAAAACCAUCGCAAGAUGUCGACUCUCCUCGAAAUCACCUCAGAAGAGGCCUUCUCUGUCCACGUGAAAUCUCUCCCCCCUUCAACCCUACUCGUCCUCUACUUUCACGCACCAUGGGCCGCUCCCUGCAAGCAAAUGCGCGAUGUCCUCUCGGCCCUCGCAUCGCAAUACCCCGUCGUCUCCCCUCCUACCGUCUCAUUUGUCAGCAUUGACGCAGAAAACCUCGUGGAUAUCUCAGAAAUGUAUGACGUCUCCGUGGUACCCUUUGUUGUCUUUGUGCGAGACGGUAAGCAACUGGAAUCGAUCAGUGGAAGCUCGGCCGUUGAGGUGCGCGCCGCUGUGGAACGAUAUGCCGGUUUCGGAACAAGCGCUGGUCCCGACGGCGCAAAUAAGCCUAACAUCCCUGCGCCAUUGACUGCUGUGCCCAGGGAAGAUGCACCUACCACGGCUACCCAGGCUCCAGACACAUCCAACGGAGUGAAUUCCGCUGCCCCCGCGCUGACCCCGGAACAGACCAAGGAGGCGUUGUUCGCUCGUCUUGCGGAAUUGGUUAAGGCUGCCCCCGUGAUGCUGUUCAUGAAGGGAACUCCUAGUGCUCCUCAGUGCGGGUUCAGUCGGCAGCUCGUGGCUAUUCUGCGGGAGCGGAGUGUCAAGUACGGAUUCUUCAAUAUUUUGGCGGAUGAAGAUGUGAGGCAGGGGUUGAAGGAGUUUGCAGACUGGCCGACUUUCCCACAGCUGUGGGUUGCCGGAGAGCUUGUAGGAGGCUUAGAUAUUGUCAAGGAAGAACUUGAGAACGAUCCUGAUUUCCUCAACAGUUUCUCUAUCAACCAGGUGGCUGCUUAAUGGGGGAAAACAAAAAAAAAAAAAAAAAAAAAAAAAAAA